AAAGACUUUGAAAGAAAUGGUGCUCCAUCUCAAGAAUCUGUAAAAGCAAUUUCUGCAGAAGAAGCACCAACUGCUAGUGAAAAUGAAAAUAUAGUAGCUGAAAUUAUAAGUGAAUCUGAAGAACAAACAAUCAUACAAGAUAGAAUAAAUUCAAUAGAAGUUAAUAAUGAGCUCUUUGGUGUUUAA